UAGUCUUUACUUUAAGUGUUAAUAUUAUGAUAUACCUGGCUUGAAAAUAUGAAAUAUAAUAAUGGAGAAAACAUUUUUACAAUUAAUAAUGAAAACAUAUCGCCUGGUUUUGAUGAAGUCAUGGUUGCGAUGAAACCUUCUAUAAAUACAACUACACUGACAGCUGCCAGAACAAAUAUACCUUCUUCAAUUCAUACUAAAAUAAAAGACUCUAAUCUUAAAAUUGGAUUGUCUCUGAAUAAAACUUUUAGUUUUGAAAAUGAACUUGUUGUUGGACCAGAAAGCCCAGUUUCAUUAAGCAGUAUGUAUUCAUCUCCUUCUAUUAGUCCUAUUAGGUCUUUGAGUCAGUCAGCAGGGUGUAAUAAGCUUCAUUCAGCAAUAAAAAAAGCGCAAAUAAAUCUUAGCCAAAGUUGUUUUGCAGAUUUAGGUGGUAAUAAAGCAGGAGAUAUUGACAGCGAACUUACAUGUUUAAAUUGGCUUCAAAAUGGUAAUUUAAUAAAUGGAUUUACACCUGGUAUGGCUAAAAAAGAGAGUCUACCAGAGGAGGAGGAUAACUCCCAAGAGUUAAGAACUACAUCUGAUGCUACUGAGACUAUUAAUGAUGUUGACCAAUCAUUAAGAAAACCUGCUUAUUCAUUUUCAACCCUUAUUUUUAUGGCUAUUGAAAAUGCAAAAGACAAGCGUUUACCAGUUAAAGAUAUAUAUAGAUGGAUACAAGAAACUUUUCCUUAUUUUCAAAAAGCUCCAGUGGGUUGGAAAAAUUCAGUGCGCCAUAAUCUCUCAUUAAAUAAAUCUUUUAAAAAAGUUGACAAGGAGAAAUGCAUUGGUAAAGGUUCUCUUUGGACCAUUGAUCAUGAAGCUAGAGCAGGACUUGUUCAGCAGUUACGAAAAACAACAUAUCAUUCUUAUCCCUAUGCCCGCCCGUAUCCACAAAAUUAUACAAAGUAUUUUUCAAAAGAUAGGGCAAUGUGCAAAAGAGAUUCUGCUGGAAGAUUUGUGGCCAAUAGAGAUGAUGCUGAGUUUGAUGCAGCUGCUAUUAUGUGUUCACUUAGUGCACCAUCUCUUUUUCGUUACAUGGAGCAGCGUUCAAAGUUAAGCUUAGAUAAACAAUCAAGUGCAGAACUAUUACAAAAAUGGAGAACAUUUAUUGAGCCAGGUGAUUGGCAAGAUGAUGCAGCUUGGGAAAACAACAAAAGUUAUUCAGUAGAUAACUUUCUUGACGAAGUUCAUAAAAAGUUGUAUGGAAAGCGCAAAACCAAAAUCAAUGAAAGAGAUAAUGAUGAUGGCAUAGACUCUAGUCUUGAUGAAGAAUACGAAUUUUGCAAUUCAGAUGACGAUUUAUCAGAAGACGAUGAGAUGACAAAGAACAUGAAAAGACUUGUCGAUAAAGAGAUUGACUACGAUCUUGGAGAUUCUGGUUAUUCUGAAAAUUUAUUUACGCUAGAUCACUCAUACUCAAAACCAAUAAACAGUCUUAUUCUACCAUGUUUUAAGCGUGAAUCUACCGGAGUUGCUGCAUUAUUACACUUAGCAAACGCUGCAGCAAUGCAGCUCAAACAUCAAAGUUGCGGUCCUAAAAUCACUAAGGAACAAGCUACGCUAACAGAAUUUAACGAUAACAAUCAAAUGAUAGAUGCCGAUUUGGACUUUACAAUAGAAUCAAAAUUUAGUGGUUUAGUUGAACUUGUUAAUUAACUACUAGCUGUCUUUGUGUUUUCUUUCUAGUUUUGACGAUGAUGCUGCUAUUUUUGUAUAAUAAAUUAAUAUUUUUUGCUGACGUAGUUUUGAAUUGACAUAUUUUAUAAAAUUUAUUAUAUAACGAAUUCGUACACCUAACACAUUAUAUAUUCAUUUAAUAAAAGAUUUGUCAUACGUGUUAUGUAUUUAUUCUUGUAUUUUAAAUAAGCUUGGAGAAUAGCUUUUAGUAUAAAAAUUACUUUUACUGGUAUUUAAAAAAAACCUUAUGUUCGCAUUCGAUUUUUCAGAGUUGCGUUUCAUAAUUUGUUUUAUCACUCCAGGUUUAGAAAAAGAAAUGAUAUUGAUAUACGUUUUCCGUGUUUUCAAUGUUAUUUGCUUUUUUUUUUUAAUACUUAUAUUUUAAGAAUUUUAUUUGGAUUUUGCUUGGUUUAAAGACAUAAUAUUUUUUCUGUAUAUUUAUUUUCAUAAUAUUAUCGAUAUUAUCGAAAAAAACAAGUUUUUUAUUUUUAUUUAUAAUAGCAUGUAUUAC